UUUAGCUGUGUACAGGCUGAGCCUCCAGUUAACGCUUCCACGAGAGACAAGUAUUGUAUCUUCUACGAAUACACUAAAGGGACGCUCUGCAAGGGGAUUAUUACCAGUCUCUACGUAUUUGGCAACCAGGCGACCGUGGAUUACGGUGACAGGGAAACUUCUACUUUUCAAAGCUAUUUUAAUUUCUUCGAAAUAUCUGAGCGGUGUCAACCCAUAAUGAGAGACCUGUUUUGCCGUUAUCACUACCAGCCGUGCGAUAUGUCCUUACGAAUACCCCGACCUCGGCGGAUUUGUCGCAGGACGUGCGAACAUCUUGACUAUGUUUUAUGCGUAAAGGAGAUGGAAUUUAUUAGGAACGCUGCCAAGACUGCCCCAAGAUUUGAUUACGACAUGAUAAACUGUUCAAUUUAUACUGUUGCAAACGGAGGUGACGCCCCUGAGUGCUACCAGUACCAGCCCCUACUAGGUGUGUAUACUGAAGGCAGCCCUGUAUUAGUUAAUCGUCCAUCAUUAGCGAGAAUAAGGUUCCAAAUGGGAUCCUCCUUCUGAGGGCCUGAAAAUUUUGUAAAUAUUAUUAACUUUGAAUUUUUUUCAAGAAUUGUGAUAGUUUUCUGGUGUUGUGGACGGGUGCAAUUUUCAAAUGACGUAAUACAAAAGAUUGAAAAGGCACCCAACAAUACACACACCAGAAAAUGAUAUUAGGCUGAUUGAGCAACAAAACGGGAACGUCAGUUGACGAAGAGGCCCGAAAAUCAAACAACUGGCUUGACCAAUGGCAGAGCGGCGAAUUGGGCACCGGAAGUCGCGUUUAGUACUUUCUGCGCGCUUUCUCGUCGUCAACUGGCGUCCCUGUUCUGUUGCUAAAUCAGCCUAAUAGCUAACCAACAACGGUUCCUCCAAUGCUUGAAGUUGGAGAUAUCUUUAAGACGUACACUUACCUCAAGUCGAAUCGGUGUUCACUCUUGAAACAGUUUUUUUAUAUGCAUAGUCAUGUCGCUCUGGAAUGGUAACGUCAUACCAAGGGACGAAAACCAGUGUAAAACCAAUGGGGUAGAACUGAGUUCCAUAACUGUGUGAAGCAGCCAAAGCCUGUCUAACCAAAAUUCACCUUUUCAUUAAUUCCUUAUAGAUGAUGAUACCAAGAGCACAGGUUAGUCUUGACCUUGCUAGUAUAUUGUAGUCAAUUAUAUGAUAUUUAUUAAAGGAGCAAUCUCCCUUCUUGGCUUUCCGCAGGCCCAAGAAAGACUUACAAAGUCGGCUGAUCUUUGGGAUAGAUAAUUAAGCUACUUCAUCCAGUGUGGCAGACUUUUGUUUUCGUUUUCGACCUUCAAUUCCCUGUUAAAACCACUGCCUGGGAGUUGGAUAAAAUAUAAUUUCCCCCAUGUAGAGAAACCCGAAAGACAGAAAUGUAAAGUCUAAUCAUGUGUUUUCUACAGAUUGUUUUUACGAUAUCGGUGUUGGCUAUCGAGGUACUGUCAACACCACCCGGUCUGGCCGUACUUGUCAGCGUUGGGCCUCACAAUGCCCCCACCGUCACUGGCGGAUUCCUCAAGAUGUAGUUGAUGGCCAAAAUGACUCCAACAUGUGUCGCAACCCAGAGGGAAGUGCCCCGGAUGGACCUUGGUGUUAUACCACUGACCCCAAAGUUCGAUGGGAAUACUGCAAUAUAUCAAGAUGUCCUCCAAGAGGUAGAAUUAGUGUCCAUCUAAAUAGCGCUGGACCUAUGUAGUUUAUAGAACUGAAAGUCAGAUUUAAAAAAAAAUGCCAUAAGCAUUAGUGAAUUCCUCACUUUGAUUGUCUUUUGUGACUAAAAUGUCAUGUUUAUCGGACUUUUGUCAUAAAAGGACAAAAAUGACAAAAGUCAGGAUAACAUUGAAAAUAAGUCACACAGACGUCAUUUGUGGGCUGUGCUAAUUAAAAAUCAUGUCGCCAAGUUGCAAUAAAAUUGCUACUUAUUCCGCGCUGGCCACAAAUGCCUUCUUUUCAGCCUGAAGGUGAUUCCCUGGUUUUGCACUGCGCAUCUCUUACUGCGCAUACCAAGAUGGCCGCCGUAAAAAAGAGCAUGUGAAGUAACAUUAUUAAAAUGAAGCUGACUGAAGAGAAACGCUAUUGGAAUUUUUGCUUGCUGUUGUUUCUUGCCGAGGUGAGACUCAUUGUGUUGGGAAAGUGCAUAACGUAAGCAGUACGGGUGUUGCUGAGUUCGACUUCCUCUCGGAGAACCUCGAUAGUGGAUGUUUAAGUUAUGCUUACUCACUUUGAUUUUCAUUUAAACGCUUUCUUUAUCAAAAGCCAAUUUCUUUAUUAAAAGCGGAUGUUUUAAUACUUUCUUUACCCUUUCACAUACAUUCUGUUUUGAAACUCGCCCCAGUCCUCUCUCAAAAAUCGGAAAAAAUGCAUUUGGUGCGCACUUUCUGCAGUUCUACCGCAAAAACGAGUACGGUGACCCACAUUUUUUAUUUCAUGAUUUUAAUAAGGACAGUGCUUCCUUUCGAUGAGAAAAAAAUUGGCACAAAUCUAUGUUCAGUUUUUUGGCAAUUUUAAUAAAUUGUACGGAUUGAGCUAUCACGGGUCGAAUAGCGCGUGUCCAAUUUAAUUCUAAUUUGGAGCGUAAAGUAAAAACAAGGGCAUUAAAAAGCAUUUUUCUGGUACGUAAGUGGAAAAACAAUACAUUAAAGUCAAAUUCCGUGCGAUACCACAUGCAUCAUCGAAAAAAUCUCUCCUUUUUGUCUAGUUUUGGGCUGCACGCGGUUUUUGUGAAAGGGUCCUAAAUAGCCGUAUUUAAAAGCAUUGUGACGUCAAAACGAGCACGGUGACCCCUCCUCUUUAUUACUUUUUUAUCAUCUUCUUGACUUGUUACAUCAGUGUACCAAGUUUCAUCUAUAAUCUAUGUUAGGUUCUUUUACUAGGGAAUCACCUUAAGCACAUGUGAAAUGAUGUGUAAUGAGAGUUUUUAAGGCUUCAAAGAUGGGAGCCACCCGAUGAUCUUCGCUUCCACGUUUUCCCUGCCCAUAUAUAACACAUUUAGUUUGGACAAAAAAAAGCACAACCAUUAAUCUGGCCAAGGUAUUACAGUCACCCAAACGCAAAUUAAUUCUUUAGAAUUUUUUUUUCCCGGGCGUACAUCUUCAAUAAAAAUUGCGUAACAUAUCAACGACCAUCUCACCAUAGAGCUUGAGGCUAGUGACAGAACUUGGUAGCGGCAGGUCGUUGAAAGCCAACUGAAAAAUAUCCACUAAUCAUAGCGGAGCCUCCGCGCGCGAAGCGCACAGCGGAGCACCUUCGGUAAUAAAAUUUGGUAAACUAUCUAUCCGACAUUAUUUGGUUAUGACGUCACCGUCCGUCCGUCCGUACGUACGACCGUACGUACUCUCCGGGUAGGGGUAAGUAGAAACGAAUUCCUCCCCUCUCCCCUAGAGAGUUUUGUCCCCUAUUGUUUCAAAAGCCUUUAGAAAUGAUUGACAAAUCAGAAUCUGUCAACUGACCAAAUGUUUGGUAGAUUUUAGGGGCCGACCAUUUGACUUUUGAGGAGGUUAUGGGUGAUUUUAGAAAAAAUGUCGUGCAGUCUGACUUCGAGAGGAAAAAAGGAUGCAGAUAAUUCCUGGGAGAGAAAUAUCCUGCACUGAAAAAAAUAUCGCUCAUGACGUACAAUGCUGAAAAAAAAUCUUACACCGUCAUAUGUUGGGGAAAAAAUUUCUAAAUCCAGAGAGGUUUGGGAAAAAAUUCUUCCAAUACAAACUAAAUCAGUAAAAUCACCCAUACGCUACUCCCCCACAAACGUCCAAUGGUCAUGUCAACCAUUUAGGGGGUGAGGGAAGAAACGGAUUUGACACCUUUGUUAAUGUCAUUCAUUAACCGGCCAAAUGGCUGGCGCGCGUUCAUGAUGUGGUGGAUUUCAAGACUAAAGUUUUGCAUUUCAAGAUUGAAAAUACGCCGAUAAAAGACACAAAUAGAAAGAGAAAGUUCGAAAGAAUGCUCAGUUUCCUUUUUGUGGGCAAACGAAAGCUUUUCGCUAUGAAAUUGUCUUUGGAGGAAUUCAACCUUGUUUUGUGCACGGCGGAUAGGAGCGCUUGGCUUGUUUUGAACCAACCAAGGCAGCGAGGUUUCUGAAGACACUUGAGGUACAUUCCGUAAUCUAUGAUCAAAGAAAAGUACGUCAUUAAAAAAGAGUUUUUGUAUAAUAAAAGUUUCAUGGACGUUUUCUACAUUUUGACAUCGACGUGAAAGAAAAAAAAAAUGUGCAUUUGAAAUGGAUUUUUUUUUUUACCAUGUGCUCAACUGGUUUAACUUGCGUGAACGCAAGGAUUUAACUUGUCUUACGCGAAUUGCUUUUUAGGAUUAACGUAUGGGUUUUUGAAUAAAUAUUUUAAAGAAAUUAAGUUAUUUAUCUGUCAUUAUUCAUUCACAACGUUAGCUCAAAAAAACGACCAUGAGACUACUGAUCGUGAGAUUUUUAGAAACAUUCAGACUGGCCCUUUCUUGAAUUAAAACUGAAGUGUUGUUUUUGUACGUUCCUCAUUGAAUUCAUUUUCUCAUUCAUUACUUGCCAUUCAAGAAUUACGCAGUGUGUAGAAUUCAAGAAUUUCUGCAGUGUGCAGUGCGCUGCUCUUUUGCCACAACUUGUGCCCCGAACACAGCUGAAUACCGCGUGAAUUUUGCGUUUGCGUUUAUUUUCAGUUGUUUGUUUAAGGCUUUACAUUCUCACUGAAAAAGUGAGCUUAUCUAAAAAAUAAAAGAUUUCUCCUCUAUUCUAAAACGGACAGACUCGCCGGCUUUUCGAGCCCAAGUUUGUUUGUUUUAAGUUGCUGUAUUAACGUUUAUAUUUGUAGUGAAAGAUUGGAUUAUUGUUAUCAGUAGUAGCGAAAAAGGAUAUCGUUUGCUUUCCUAUCUCUGUCCACAGCGAAAAGAUAUUUUGAGGUAUAAAUGUAAAGGCUACACAUAACUGUUCGUCCGGGCCCAUUUAAAGAAAAAAAGAAAGAAAAGAGAAGAAAAUGUAAUGGGCUUACGGGAAGACAAAAGUCCUUUAGUCGGCCUGAUUUUUCUGUAGGUCUUCCCUUAAACACAGAAACACCGACCCUAGAAUCGUAACCUGUAAAUUGCUGCUACCUAAGAGGCCUACAAUUUAACAAUUUUUUCAAUUCAGGUUUGUUUGCGUGGUAUUUUUUCUUAAUCAUUUAGCCCCUCCCUCUAAAGGUGUCUGAUGCCGAAGGCUCUUAGGGAUGUGAAGAUUUCUUUUUUUUUGGCUUAGAGUUCAGGUUAUUACUUUAAUUUAAUUGCUUUGAUCAUAAGUAUAGAAACAGGGGCCUCGCUUUCAGCCCUGGCUAAAUCUAUAUAUUAAACAAUGUAUGCACAUAAAUGAUAACGAUAACUCCCGAGUAAGACGGAAAUUUGAGCUGUGUUUGUCGCAUAAUAUAUUUUAGUUUUCCUUUUUACUAGUUCCAAAGAAUGCUCCCGGGUUUGUAAAAACCCUCUCAAUUCAUCUUCUGUGUACAUCUGGUGGGAAAGAAUCCCUCCAACAAAGUACAAGGAAAAACUGCUAGGCUACAGGAUAAGAUACAAUCCCCUUGGAUCCCAGUCAUAUAAGGAAAUGAACGUCACAAGCAACGUCACAGAGGUUGUCAUUAAUGGACUUCCGUCAACCACUAGAUAUCAGAUCACGAUAAAUGGAUUUAACAAAGUCGGCCACGGACCAACCAGCAAAGUUCUUGAAUUGAAAACGUUGUCACCUGGUAAGUAAAUAAGCAAGUAAUCUAAAUAACGACAACGAUAACUAAUAAUGAUAAUAGUAGAAAGAAAAAAAGAAAAAGAGAGAAAGAAAGAGUACUGCUGCCGUCGACAGGUGCACAUCCUUCGGAUUAGCUCAUAGUUAAAAAAAAUGUCUCCAUGGUCAGCCCAAUUCGCUUCUUUGAUGGCAUUCGACUAAGCUACAAUAAAGAUGAGGAAUACUUUCUUUAGAUGGCCUUAAAAAUCUCCCCAUGUAAAGUCGCUGCAUGUUAGGUAGCCUGAGACAACAGCCGACAUUUGGCGACGCUACCACUGGUUUUCCCGCCAAAUGACGUCUGAGAAGCGAGCGCAGAAAUUCCAUACUGAUGACGCGGCACUACCCACAUCUGGGUAGUGCUUCUGAUUGGUCGUGUCGCGUGAAAAUUUGAUUCAACCAAUCAGAAGCACUAUCCAGAUCUGGAUACUGACGCGUCAUCAGUAUGGAAUUUCUGCGUUCGUUUCUUAGACGUCUUUUGGCGGGGAAACCAGUGAUAUCGUCGCCAAAUGACGGCUGGUUUCUCAGGCAAGAUGUUAGGUAAUCCAAGACAUUCUUGGAUUCUAGAUUCCACGCUGUGGAUUCUGGAUUCCAGCUAUUGGAUUCCUGAUUCUUGUCAAUGGAACUUGGAUUCCGGAUUCCUUGAGCUUUACUCCUGAUUCCAAAGGCCAGGAUUCUAAAUUUAGCAAAAAAAAAUUACCCGGAUUCCGUGUUCCGGAUUACCUGACGUGGGGCGAUAGGAGGGCUGUUUGAAGCGACAGUUCCAGGGAAUGUUAGUAAGGUGUCGUGUCCAAGUGCACACUGCUGAACCAAUAAUAUUACUUACCACCAUUCCACACCGAUACACAAAACUUUCUACUACGUAGACCGAGACCGCAGUUGUCAUGAUAGGCGCAUGUGCAAUUCUGCUCGUAAAGGAGUGCGGUAAUCUUCUCUUGUGUUAGGUGAUAAAGCUAUUUUGUCUUAUCGUCGUCAAUUUAAUAAGUCCUAACCUGUCAAGCCAGUUCUUAGUUGUAAGCUACAAGAUGCAAGUUAAUCAGUCGCGACUCUUCUGCUGUAGUUGUGUCAGUUUCAAAGCACUUCAGUGUACUUGCUUCGCAUCUCAAAACUCCGUGUAUUAUUUGCUCAGAGCUUCAAAUCUCUACAGAAAAGUCUUCAAAGGUCUGAAUCAUUUACCGUGUUUUUAGGUUUUGUCAACAUCCUUGUGACCUUCCAGCUGGUGAUGAAAGAUGAAUUCGAUAUUGCUCUUGUUAACCGUAGCAGCAGCCAGUUUAUAGACAAGGAAAGAUGGAUUAAGGCUAUGGUAAGACAAUGAGUCUUAAUCCUUGUUAAUGCUCUUAUUCUCUAAACUUAAUAAGUAUCUUGGUAAUUUGUUUGCGGUAGAAAGUCCCGGAAUAGCCUCAAAUGGUACCAGUUAUCUUGGGUCCUAUUCUGCAGGGAUUUGCGCAGCGAAGUCAGUUAUUGGCCCUGACUUCUCUUCAUAAUUAUAGUGAGGGAUCGAUUAUCUAAUCCCAAGCUCCAAAUGCUCGUUGAGCUUGCUCGCUUUUUUGCUACUUGUUUUCCUUCAUUCGAGAUACAACUUCUCCUCAAUUCCAAUUCAACCAGGAUUUCCACCUAGGGGAACCUGAGUUCUGUGAGUGAGAACAAAUCAUUAACUUCAUAAUAUAAUGUCAAUUAAUGAACAAAUCAGACAAAUGUACAUUAAUUUUGCAGGUAAUGCGCCAUUUCAAUAAAUCCGACGAUUUGGAUAUAUAUGACGUCAACGUUCUACGAUUUAGGUAUUAAUAGACGUUACAUCUUUAUACCCAUACCCUGAAAAUUGCAAGGUCAUUACGCCAGAGGUCUUGAGUAGAACGGCAAUUUAUUAGGAGAUGUGUUUUAGGGAUUGGCUUUCAUUUAGAAAAAAAUAUGAAUUAGAAUAAUUUCGUACUUUAUAAUUCAUACGCAAAGGUCCUUGAAUAAGCAUAAUUGUGCCAAAAAAUCGUAAACCGCCAAAAAGGGUUUGGUGCGAAUAAUUGUACGUGCAGGGUGGCGUUUCUAUAUAGACCUCAUAAAGAUAUAUAUAUAUUUUUGCCUUAGCCAACUUAUUACUGCUGAAUAAUGGGAUUGAAGGGGAGAAAAACGGGUGCUUUGUUCGUUAGAUAUAUGUCUGUUUUUCACAUUUCAAGGUCUUAACCCUCGAAGGUACAUGCAAAUUCUUACCCCCUCCGUGGUAUAAGGGGGUGGAUGUACCCACCCCACUUAGAGUUUUCGAUAUGUUGCAGUAUUUCGGAACGAUUUUACCUUCAGUGCAAAGCCUUUGAUCUUCUCUACAAGAUGAGGUAUAUUUAAUGGGUGGUGGCGCUGCUGGGGGGCCUGUGACGUCACCAAUAAUGGUCGCUAUCUUGGCCGCCAUCUUGGAUGUUACCAAGUAUUAGAAAUCAGGUUAAAACCGAUAGAAAUGGUGAUUUUUUUUGUGCUUGAGAUGAAAAAUAACACAUAAAUAAGCACUUUGCAUGAUUCUAGCACAAGAACUACUUUUAUUGUUGAAAAAAGUUGAAAAAACAUGUACUUUCACUCAAAAAUGGCUUGACCUCCUCCUAUUUAUGACGCCAUAUCUCGUAACCAUAGAAACUGACCAUCACUGAACUUGACUCAAAAUGCGCGCGAGAGACGAACAAACAUUUCCUGAAAACAUUAGGUGCUGAUGUUUUAUCCUCUAGGAGUGGCAACCACCCCCCUUGUACGUCCGAGGGUUAAAAUAAAAAAAGUACACGCAAAUGGAUGUACUUAUGCUUAAGUAUAUGCACAAAUGGAUGUACUUAUGCUUUCUAUUACAGCAACGGCAGCCUAAAAGCUGAUGUUGGCAUUUUAGCAACCAUUAAUGGAAACACUACUUCAAAAAGCGAGGCUAUUGAUUAUUUAAUAAAUGGGAUUGACGUUGCCUUAGGAAAGCACAUAAAAGGAUUUAUUCUAUUAGGUAAGGAGACAAUAAAAUUAAAUCGUAUGUUUUACUUUUUUAAAUAAACUUUCACUAGUGUAAAGCCAAAAGAAAUACACACAAAAAAAGAAAAAACAAAUAAAAACAAGGUGACCAAGGUAAAAAUGGUACAGCACUUUUUGCGCGUCGUAUUUAAUCUUUCUUAUCGCUGUUCAAUUUGCCAUGAAACACUCUAUCUCGUGUUUGAUGUAUCAAUAAAUAGGAUCUUAUUCGUGCUCAAAUGCUACCCGCGUUUGCUUCGUUGCAUUAUAGGACGAACACAAUCUACUGUGACAAAAGCUUUUGUUUUUAAUGAAUAGUUUUUAUCGGAUCAUAAGUGUAACUUGUGAUUCUUUUUUUAUUCCUUAAUAAGAAAAACCACAACCGCCAAGAAACUUGAAAGCAACUAAUAUACAAAACAGCUACUUCGUAUUAACUUGGGAUGGGCCAGAUAAUGGCAAGUAUUACAGGAUAGAUAACUACACCAUCGAACGAAAGAGAGAAACAUCCAAUAACUUUACAGUUGUAAAGACACUGCCAUAUACGCGUACAGGAAUGAUAAUGGAGGACUUAAAACCCGCUACAGAGUACACAAUUCGGUUGUCAAGCAACAACAUAUAUGGAAGAUCUGAUGGUGUCUCUAUAACACAAAUGACUCGACCCGGUAUGUAGUAUUUAUGUAGCCCUUUGGUUAAACUUCUAUACUAAGAAUAUUUCAACGAUAAUAAGACUGGGUUAAAGAAUUAGACAAAUUGACGCCAUAACAUUCCCUUUAUAGCAUACUAAAAUUCGUAGCAACAAUAACUAAUCUAUUUGCGCAUGCCGCAGCUGUACUCACCCUCGCAGAAAAGUUAAGUUUUACUUCAGUCAAUUUUGCUCAAUGGCUACAACGGUAUAAUAUAUGUAAGCACAGUAUCCAAGCCAUGUUUUCAUUAGCUGAACGCUGUCCUGCGUUUUUAAAGCACGGCAUUGGAAACCCCGCGUUUAUGUUUGCUAGGCGUUUGAUAGACAGAAUACCCUACGGGGAUUGGGAGAUCCAGAAUUUGGAUUGGAUUGGGAGAUCCAGAAUUUUUUUAAGAGGGUUGCCGAAGCCAAUAGACCACUAAAAUAUACAUAUGAACUUAUCGUAAUACGUUUGACGCACUUUGUAAAUUACUUUGUAAAUUAGAAAGGAUGAACAUAACUGCAAACUGGUACUGUACCGCUGCUGAAGGACUUGCAAUGUCUAAACCGAGAAAACUUGAUAUGAAAUUUCAGUCAUUAAGAAUGAUAAAUUAUUGUUGUUUUCCUUCGCGGAUUGUUUAAACGUUGCUUCAAUUAACUUUGGGAAAGCAAAAAAAACUUGGCAACAUUCCAGUUGUCUAUGGCUACAAGUGUUCACCGUAUUCACAAAAAAUGCGCAAAACCUGCUAGUUGGCCAAAAUUGAAGACGCAGCCAUUCUUCUAAACAUUUUAUACUGUACAGGGUCGUGCGCCACAAAUUUCUCGCAAACCGGGGGAUUAUUAGCCCGGUAAUCCACGCCCCUCCAUUUGUUCGACCCCUGUGUACAUUCCCCAUGUUUAACCUCUCAUAACCGAGUACAAUCUCAAAAUAUGCUGAACCUGGUUUUAAACUCGUCGCCUAUUGGUUGAAAGAUAUAACACACCAGCAAUGCCUUGCACAUAAUUUACAAAUUUGUUGGCUCAGUAUCUUUUGGUAGUGCAUGACGAAUUGGCCAUUUUAUGUUUCGUUUUCAGGGAAACACACGAGGACAUUGCAUUAGAUCUAAAUUGGGUCAUGAGCUGUUAUUGGCUAUAUACUUUCGGUUAGUUUUUAGAACGACUUAAAAUGUCGCUAUGCGAUGUGGAGAGUUUAGUUUCAUUACCUUUGACUCACAAGUAAAAGUACAGGUGUGAUAAUUCUUAUCAGAUUUUAUGGGGUAAGUAUAGAUGAGUUCCACUAGAUUGUAAUUUACUUGUUGCUGUAUUCUCUUCACCUUUUUCCUUCACAGACACGUUCAUAAAGGAAUUGAUUCUGAUUAUCGUGUUGCCGAUCAGCUUGGCCGUUUUCUUUGUCGUGGUCAUCUGUCUGAGGUUUAGACCAACCUUUAAAGAAAAAGUAGCUCAAAAGGAUGAGGUAAGAGAUUACUGAGUACAAAACAGUGUUUUGUUUUUCUCAAAAUUCAUUUUUCAAUUCCUGAUGAGCGCUGGUGUAAAAUGCACCUCUCCCAAGUCUCACUCUGUGUAUUGAUCACCCGUCCGACGGUAGGUCUGGAGCGACCGGACAUGUCUUUGCAAAAUUAAAUGUAAAUAGCGUAGGAGUUAAUACGAAAGUACCAAAAAAAAAAUCUUGUUGACAUGACCAUGUAGCAAUAUAGUAAUGUACUGUAAUACAAUAAACUUUUAAGUUAAAAUUGCCUGGAGGUCGUAAGACCCUAGCUCAUUAAUGGUAAUGUCUGUUCCGUGUACGUCAUUUGUAGGUAGAGAUGUGGGUACAGGGAGAUUGGAUCGAACUGCCGAGACCAGAUGUCAAACUGAAAGAAAAGUUAGGAGAAGGUGCAUUUGGUGAGGUUUAUAAGGGUGAGGUACAGAUUGAUGGAGAAAAGUUGCUGUGUGCAGUGAAGAAAGUAAAAGGUAAAUUUUCAUUGUCUAGGUUGUUCCGGUGCUUAGAGGCUUAAAAAAAGAAAGUUUUCUUGCCCCAAGUGGUACAAACGCGAGGAAGGUGUAAAUCAUUGCUUCUGCAAGUUUAAUAAGAAUGAAGACUACUAUUAUUUCUGAUGUCAAAUUUACGUAAUAGUAGUCUUUUCAGAAGUUGGAGUUAAAUGGAAGUCUAAUUCCUGAGACGACAAUUGUAUGAGACGUCACCAAGUCCACGCGUAACUGCCUAGAAGCAUUCAAACAAUGUUGAAUUCUCUUUUAAAAACGCUGAAUAUAAGUUUCCGGUCUUCUCCGGACACAAAUUUCCGAUUAAUUUCAAACAUUUAAUUAGUCUUAAAGUAACUUUUCUGAAAUUCACAAAUCCAAAAGGAAAACUGGGCGUUUUCCUACUCUGUCAGAUUAUUCUCUCUUGGCAUAACCUAAAUUUUCUCAUUUUUUUCUUUCAAUUAGCUCUUUACAGUGAGGUUUCGCAGUUUCCUGAGAUUUUUUAACACCUGUUAAAGGUGUACCAUCUUUCAAUGCGCAAUUUUAUUCGUACAUUCCAAUUAUGUUAUUUCCAUUUCCGGUCUCUUUUUGUUUUGCAGAAAAUGCAACAACGCUAGAAAAGCGGGACCUUUUAAAUGAACUGAAAAUCAUGGUCAGAGUUGGUGACCAUCCCAAUGUUGUAAGUCUCAUUGGAGCCUGUACAAGAAAUGGUAGGUACAUCCAAAAAGCGACCGAUACAUUAGUCGAUACUGCCUGUAAGACACAAGAUCCAACAAGUUUACGUAUAUGUAGGUCAAAUUCAAGCAGCCAAAAUGAAAUGAAUCUGCAUUGAAAGUUUUCAUCUUUCUUAGCUUUGUCAAGCAUAACAAAGGACGUCCAUUAAGGCCCUUUUAAAUGGAUCUAGCAUAUAUGCCAGCACCAUGUUGAAUGAGAUGUUCAAGGGAUCUCAAUUGCAACACGAUGCGGACGAAGUUUCAAGAAUCCUCCACUCCUUUGCAUAGCACGCAAAGGCCUGGGGACGAGGCUGUCCAUUUCCCUUCGUAAGUGUGUUCCUGGUGUGACCCCCUUACAAGCACUCCUUACAAAACUGGUGUGGUUGAUGAAGUAAACGUAUUCACAACUUAAUAAUUCAGUCCAAUUCAGGUACUGCCCACUAAAAUGGGGCGUUCAAUGUUUUCGCGGGUACUAUGACUAACGAAACAUAUCGUUGAUUAAACCCAAGGAAGUUGAAUGCGAACAUUUCAUUAAACAUGUUGUCUGACAAAUUAUUGACACUAUACUUCAAACCUCACCUAUCCUCUUCGUGCCUCGUGGCACGUAAGGCCUCCACUGAGUUUCUCAUUUUUUCUCAGUUUGGGCCGCAACGGUCUUCACUUCCUUCAUCCUAUUGCGAGGACCGGCCACAAGGUCCCCUUGAUGCAGUAAAUUUUCUCUGCGUCUGGUUUCUGGAAUAACAGGGUUUUAAGGGGGUGGGGAUAUCAGCCCUCCGCCCAAUCCAAAACCUGGAGGACCAGGGGACCACAAUUAGGCUAGUCUCUAUCCUUCGACCUGCUCGGCGUGGGUGGCUUUACCUGGAGUCAAAGACUCCAGCCGACAUAGCUCUAUGGGUCAUUAGGACAAGCAAACCACUCCACCGCGCUAAGGUGGUGGUGCCUUUGGAGUGGAUUUAAACUAUAAGAGACAUUUUAUUUCAGCAAAAGAGCAGUAUCUAGCUUUUAUCUUUGCUAAAUUUAUAGUUUCUAUGGACCCAUUUGUUAGACUAAGGCAGCAAGCAGAAGCGCGAUUGAUUUUCUCUUCGUUGAUUGGAAAUCAUCAAAUAAUUUGAUCAUAAAUUCACACAUCUCUUUUUGUUUGUUGUUGUCCUUUUUUCUAUUCAAUUAUUUUCACUAAUUUAUGAAAAUUAAAAAUUUGUCCCACUAGAACCGAUAUUAGUGGUUGUGCGACUGGCAGAAAAUGGCUGCUUGUUAAGUCACCUCAAGAAAAGUCGAGAAAAUUCUUACAUCAAUGUCCAAGCGAAAAACGCGGUGCAUUUCACCCCCGUCGAUAGAAUCAAGAUUGCCAGAGAUGUGGCCUGUGGUAUGCUGCAUCUGGCGAGCAAAGUGGUAAAUAUAGUUUAUAUUGUAUACGCCAGCGAUUAUUUAACUUUUGUUUGUUCGUCUGGCGCAGUAGCAUUUUAAUGGAGCCUAAAUCAUUAGACCUUUUUUUUUUCUUUCUUUUCGUUUUUCUGUUUUUCUAAUUUUCAGAAACAAAUAUCAGUCUCCUAAACUGUAUUUUUAUUACGCCCCUCUUCCCCUCUUUCCCUUCAGUUGUCUUAUCCAGUCUAUAGAUGGUCUGCUUAAUGCAGGCUUCACUAAAUGUUGCCUCGAAGAAAAGGCCGGUUUUGCUCAGUAACAAUAUAAAUGAUUUAUCUUGAGUAAGAUUGAAGACUUAUUAUUUAUUCGUUCCCUGAUUGACGUGAAGGCAGUUUAGAGAUCUCCUCUGGGUCCCGUCAUCAUCAUCAUCAUCAUCAUCAUCAUCAUCAUCAUCAUCAUCAUUAUCAUCAUCAUCGUCAUCAUCAUCGUCAUUAUUAUCAUCAUCACCAUCAUUAUUAUUAUCAGCAUCAUCACCAUCUUUAUCAUUAUCAUCGUUACCAUCGCCAACGCCAUCAGCAUCUUCUUCAUAAUCACAAUCAUCAUCAUCAUCAUCAUCAUCAUCAUCAUCAUCACCAUCUUCAUUAUCACUAUCAUCUUCAUCGUCAUCAUCUUUAAAUGUGUAAUUUCUUUUCGUUUAUCUCAUCACAGUGUGUCCACCGUGACCUUGCGGCCCGGAAUGUGUUGCUCGGCAAGAAUAAUAUUGCUAUGGUUUCUGAUUUUGGUCUCUCACGUGAUGUAUAUGAAAGUGGAGAAUACGAAAACACUUCUGGGGUAAGAGAAUGUAUAUAUUUAAUCGCCUUUUUAAGUCGUUUGUUGUUGUCCUGUCUUUUUCUUGAUAAUCGUUUCCUCUGUCUUAUUAGUUAGUAAAAGAGUUUGAUUCAGUUUCCCCGGUGGGUUGGAGUUUCUUCCUUGUUUAAUUUCUUGUUUGUGAAAUCACACGGAACCUCAUCCGUUCCCGUUUUAACAUCGACUUACGAUUUGCCACUUACGCUAUAAUACAGAAAAUUCGGAUAGCUUUUCAGGCUAGAUCUCAAAUAUCAAAAAAUAAAUUCAAGGAUAAAAACGCAGCUCCCUCCUAAAUAGCUAAAACAGCUUCCCCCUCCCCUUUUUUAGUUUAUAGUUUUAUCCCUGAUUACAUGUAUCGAUCUUCAAUAAACCAUUACUUGAUCUUCAAUUCAAGUACAGAUAGUUUCCAGGCCCAGUUCACGGUUUUCUGACGUCAACGAUAAUUCCUUAAAUAUAAUUCCUUACCUAGGGAAUGUUACCUGUUCGAUGGAUGGCGAUGGAGUCUUUAGAGGAUUACACAUACACCACCAAAUCUGACGUGUAAGAGUCGUUGUUUAUACAACAUUAACUACAUGACGUAGUCUUCAAUUGCUAUUUAGUACGUGCAGACUUUGGAGACUUAAGCAACACAUCAUUUUCUUAUCACUUACCUUUCAAGGCAUCUUUUGCAGGGUUGUACGUUUCUUUUUGCUUCGGUGUUUUCAUUUUAAUUAUUGCCAGACGUAAGAGGAGAUAAUUAUAAAGAAUGCAAAUUAUUUCAUGAAAUUCUGACUGCAUUUUCUACAAUAUAAUAUCGAUUAAGGAGCUGUUCCAUUUAUUUAACAUAGCAUUGUUUAUCAAGGCUUUAUUUGUUUGUUUUUGUUUUUCACCAUGCACGCCAAGGCAUUAACUUCACUUCUUUUCUGCUUUCUUCGCCUCACUAAAUUGUUUUACUUAAUUUGAAACAUCAUCACACACUAGAGAAAAAUCACCCCAAUUUGGAAUUAUUUGCAACAACUUUGUUGGCUCUAAAGUUUUCUUUUCCAAACUUUGCCUGCCAAUCAGUUUGGCAUAUAUUUUGACUUCAAAAUGCCAAAAUGUGUCGUCAUAAUUGCUGACGUCAUUCAUACGUAAAUUUCAAAUUUUAUAAUCUUUUGUGUUUGUAUAUCAAUUCUAAAAGAACUAUUCAGGGGGAGUUGAAAGAUGAAAAAAAAAAUUCUAAUAUCUUACAUAUGAGCUGAAAUUUAACGCUUUGGAUUUGGAUAAAUUUGUACCACAAAGACGCUGUAUCCUCCCCCGUUAACCCUCGGACGUACACGCAAAUUGAGACCCCCACGUGGUACAAGGGGGGUGGAUGGACCCUCCUAGAGUUUUUGAUAUGUUGUAGUAUUUCGAAACGAUUUUACCUUUAGUGGAAAGCCUUUGAUUUUCUUAACAAGAUGAGAUAUAAUUUAUGGGUGGUGGCGCUGCUGGAGGCCUGUGACGUCACCAACAAUGGUCGCAAUCUUGGCCGCCAUCUUGAAUUUUACCAAGAAUUAGAAAUCAGGUUAAAACCGAUAGAAAUGGUGAUUGUUUUCCUUGACAUGAAAAAUAACGCAUAAAUAAGCACUUUGCAUGAUUUUAGCACAAGGUUUACUUUUAUUGUUGAAAAAAGUUUGAAAACAUGUACGUUCACUCAAAAAUUGCUUGAUCACCUACUACUUAUGACGUCAUGUCUCAUAACCAUAGAAACUGACCAUCACUAAACUUGACUCAAAAUGCGCGCAAGGGAUGAAAAAACAAGGAAAAUUUUCAGAAAAACCUUAGGGAGUGGAGGGGGGUGGCAUCCAACCCCCUCCUGUGUGUCCGAGGGUUAAAUAAAUCUAAAUUUAAACAUUUUAUUGUCGCGUCACCAUAGUUAUUUACUAUAAACAUAACCCAUCUCUACUGUCAAAAGGUAAAUAAAAAAGAAAAUUUUAAAAAAGAAAAUCCCCAGCCGCACAAAAACCAAGAAAGCAGAUUUGUGACGUCAUUAAAAGGUCACUUGAUUAUUUCUUUUUUGCGUAAAUUUGCGUUUUUGCGUCAAAAAAACGAAAAACUAAAACGAUACGAUUUUUAGCAACUAGGUUUAUGUAACCGGAAAAUCAUCUUAUUUUGCAAAAAAGUGUAAAAAUUAAAUCAAAGGGUUCGAUUUUAAGGAAAAAUAUGGUUCUGGGGUGCACCCAAUUUGGUGACGUCAGCCCUCGUGACGUCAUAAUAUGACUUUUUAUGUUAAUCAAAAACUUGAAAUUACCUGGUCAACAAUCUCAGUCUAUCUGGUAAGUCUGGUCAAGAAAUGAAAAGAAGUGCAAAAGAUACGUAGGGUGGGCCAAAAAUGACCGAUUUUUCCCCAGUGUAAUAUAAAUCAUCGAGUCAAUAAAUAGCGGCAUAAUAUACAGUUUCAUACAUGACUGCAAGGUUGAUUUGUCCAGUUGAGUUGGUGGGUACCUUUAUUUUUUCCAGCCUCUAUCGGGAAGUCAAUGACAUAAAACUUAAUAGUGCACAGUUACAUGUAGGUCCAAUCUCGCAUGUCAUGAUACACAUCCACUGUAGACACUUAGUAACACUAAUGUAACUAUUGAAAGUUGACCAUGUCAACUUGAACACAUGAGAAAUUUGUACAAAGGGGUACGUUAGUUUAUCGUUUGUCUCACUUUUGCCACUUUGAUAUUGAUCGCGACGUUUCGACCCCACACUGGAGGUCUUCAUCAGGCAUCAGUUGAUAGUGUCGAUUUACUGAGUCGGACUGUUUGUAAAACCGUGGUUGUUAGUGAUUGGUGUAUCACGAACCUCCCUCAUGGUUGGUGGGUUUCGAUGCAAAGCAAUGUUGGUAUUAUCAGAGGAGGAAACUGUUCCCUCAGCGGUCCCUUGUAGAAGCAAUCGGCUGUUAUGUUGUCUGAUUGUAGGCAUCCACGGUUCAGGAAUCUCAGUUCCACUGUCCCUGUUGAUGUUGUUAAGGUGAAGUCUUAUGUGAAUAGCCUCUAAAACUCUACGAGAGUACCAGUGGGGGUCUCGGUCAAUGAAAUUGACUUCAUCCCAGCCCUGAUAUUAGCCUGAUUUAGCAACAGAACAGGAACGUCAUUUGACGACGGGAAAGCGUACGGAAAGGACUAAACUCGACUUCCGGUACCCAAUUUGCCGCUCUGCCAUUGGUCAAGCCAGUUGUUGGAUUUUCGCGCGCAAUCGUCAACAGACGUUCCCGUUUUGUUGUUAAAUCAGUCUAUUGCUCGGUCUCACUAACAACCACGUUGGUACAAAUAGUCCGACUCAAUAUAUCGACACUAUCGUCUGAUGAAAACCUGCAGUGUGAAGCGUCGCGAUCAAUAUCAAAGUGACAGUCGUGAGACAAACGAUAAACUAAACCCUUUACACACAUCAUCCACGAUGAUUAUUAUCUUUCAUGACUUGAGAAUUUUUUUUUUCAGCUGGUCAUUUGGAGUAGUUAUGUGGGAAAUAGAAUCUGGAGGUAGAGCCUAUCAUUGUAUUAUCUAGAUCUCAACUUUGAUACUACCUACUACUAUCAAGCUUUAUUACGUAUCACUACCCAAAACUGGGUGAUCCUUCCGAUUGGUCCUACCGCGUUGGAAAUGAGCUUGAUGUAAAAAUGACAUGAAAUGUUUAAUUAUGAUUCAGUUAAACGGAUAUAUACUCUAUCAUCGAUGGGUACCAAGCAACAACCGCUUGCCCAACCUGACCCUGCCGUGUAUUAUAAUAAUUAUUAUAAAAAUCUAAUAAUAAUGAUAAUAAUGAUAAUAAUAAUUAUGAUGAUGAUGAUGAUGAUGAUGAUGAUGAUGAUGAUGAUGAUGAUGAUGAUGAUAAAAGCCUGCACAUCGUUUACUUUAACUUGCAAUUGUGGUCUUUUUGAUUAUAGGAAAAGUGCCAUAUUCUGGUUUGGGAGGCAUAGAAAUUAUAGACUACUUAAAGGCUGGAAAGAAGUUAAAACAACCUGAUGGAUGUUCGGAUGAGAUGUAAGUCCUUAUAAUUACAAUAAUCAAGUAUAAUAAUGAUGAUGAUAAUCAUAAGUUCCAAUAUUUUACUUAAAAUAUUUGAAGUUUAUUUGUUUAUUAAAGUUUAUUUGUAUGAUGCCAUUUAUUAAAACAGAAAUUAUGCAAUCUAGAGACGAUGCAAUUUGGAGCAAAACUAGUUCGACCCCUGAUUAAUUUACACUACUGUUGAGAGCCAAUCAGAUUGCAGGGAUCAGCAGUGAUUUCAAAAUAGAUGUUACGAAAGCUGAUAUCCGAACACCCGUCUUUUCGAGUUAGCUCAUAAACUUCUUAAGUUAACUUCGUGAUUUUACUUAAUAUUCAGCUAUCAAAUAAUGAGGUCAUGCUGGAACUUGGAACCUUCGAAACGUCCAACAUUUCUCGAGCUUUUGACGUCACUUGAGCAAGAAUUAGAGAAGAAGGGAGUAAGUACAAAAUUGUUAUGGGGAAGGGGUUGA